UGAUGACACCUGCCUGUUAAUUCCACCGCAAAAAGAAUCUUGGUCCAUGUUGGAGAGACGUCUUUUAUAAUUGUAGCAUCAUGUUUUGGAAAUCAGGGUCUUUAGGUACCUAUUACACCAUUUCUUUGGUGAAGGCUAUUCAGCAGUGGUGACUUCUUCCAAUCGACCACUCUACAAAUUAUUAUCUCUGGACUCCCAGCUGACAACCUGCCGGAGGCUAGAGCUCCUGAGACAACUGGAAUUGUGCCCGCUCUCAUCAAGGUUUUUUCUUUCACGGGGAAAAGAAAAAAAAAAAAAAAAGAUGAAGUUGGGCAAAGUGGAGUUCUGCCAUUUUCUGCAGAUACUAGCUCUUUUCCUGUGUCUUUCUGGGAUGAAUCAAGCAGAGCUCUCAAGGUCCAGGUCAAAGCCCUACUUUCAAUCAGGGAGGACGAGAACCAAACGCAGCUGGGUGUGGAAUCAAUUCUUUGUGCUGGAAGAAUACAUGGGUACAGACCCACUCUAUGUAGGAAAGCUUCACUCUGAUGUUGAUAAAGGAGAUGGUUCCAUCAAAUACAUCUUGUCAGGCGAAGGGGCAAGUUCCAUUUUCAUUAUUGAUGAGAACACGGGGGAUAUUCAUGCUACAAAGAGGCUGGAUCGAGAAGAGCAGGCCUACUACACACUCCGAGCACAAGCACUAGAUAGGCUGACUAAUAAACCUGUGGAACCCGAAUCUGAGUUCGUCAUUAAGAUUCAGGACAUCAAUGACAAUGAGCCAAAAUUUCUGGAUGGUCCUUACACUGCUGGAGUUCCCGAGAUGUCUCCUGUGGGUACCUCUGUGGUUCAGGUGACAGCGACUGAUGCAGAUGAUCCUACUUAUGGCAACAGUGCUCGAGUGGUUUACAGCAUAUUGCAAGGACAACCUUAUUUUUCUGUGGAGCCAAAAACAGGUGUUAUCAAGACUGCCCUUCCGAAUAUGGAUAGAGAAGCCAAGGACCAGUACCUACUGGUUAUUCAAGCAAAGGACAUGGUUGGGCAGAAUGGUGGAUUAUCAGGGACCACAUCUGUAACUGUCACCCUGACUGAUGUUAAUGACAACCCACCCCGCUUUCCACGACGAUCAUAUCAGUAUAAUGUCCCAGAGUCUUUGCCAGUGGCUUCUGUGGUGGCCAGAAUAAAAGCUGCAGAUGCAGAUGUGGGACCUAAUGCUGAAAUGGAGUAUAAGAUUGUGGAUGGUGAUGGUUUGGGAGUAUUCAAAAUUUCUGUCGACAAAGACACCCAGGAGGGAAUCAUAACAAUUCAGAAAGAGCUGGAUUUUGAAGCUAAGACAAGCUAUACCCUGAGGAUAGAAGCAGCCAAUAUGCAUGUUGACCCUCGCUUUCUGAGUCUGGGGCCCUUCAGUGAUAUGACAACAGUGAAGAUAAUCGUAGAAGAUGUUGAUGAGCCGCCUGUGUUUACUUCACGUUUGUACUCCAUGGUGGUGUCUGAAGCAGCAAAGGUCGGCACUAUCAUUGGAACUGUAGCGGCCCAUGAUCCAGAUGCCUCAAAUAGUCCUGUCAGGUACUCAAUAGAUCGAAACACAGACCUGGAGAGGUAUUUUAAUAUUGAUGCCAACAGCGGAGUCAUUACAACUGCCAAAUCUCUGGACAGGGAAACUAAUGCUGUUCAUAAUAUCACAGUUUUGGCUAUGGAGAGUCAGAAUCCAGCACAGAUUGGGAGAGGCUAUGUAGCCAUCACUAUCCUUGACAUCAAUGACAAUGCCCCUGAAUUUGCCAUGGAGUAUGAGACAACUGUCUGUGAAAAUGCUCAGCCUGGUCAGGUGAUCCAGAAAAUCAGUGCAAUUGAUAAAGAUGACCCACCAAAUGGCCAUCAGUUCUACUUCAGUUUAACAGCAGAGGCAGCAAAUAACCACAAUUUUACACUGCAGGACAACAAAGAUAACACUGCAACAGUAUUAACCAGAAGAAAUGGGUUCCGAAGACAGGAACAGUCUGUUUUCUACUUGCCAAUAUUCAUUGUGGACAGUGGAUCACCUUCACUUAGUAGCACUAAUACCCUCACAAUCAGAGUCUGUGAUUGUGACGCAGAUGGUAUUGCUCAGACAUGCAAUGCAGAAGCAUAUAUCUUGCCUGCAGGACUUAGCACUGGAGCCCUGAUAGCAAUAUUGGCUUGUGUCUUGACACUGCUAGUUCUUGUCUUACUGAUUGUCACUAUGAGGCGACGGAAAAAAGAGCCCCUCAUUUUCGAUGAAGAGAGAGAUAUCAGAGAGAACAUUGUCAGGUAUGAUGACGAGGGUGGUGGAGAAGAAGACACUGAGGCUUUUGACAUGGCUGCCUUGAGAAACCUCAACAUCAUCCGAGACACCAAGACCAGAAGGGAUGUGACGCCUGAGAUUCAGUUCUUGAGCAGACCAACUUUUAAAAGCAUUCCAGAUAACGUCAUUUUUCGGGAAUUUAUCUGGGAAAGACUAAAAGAAGCGGACGUGGACCCCUGCGCGCCACCCUACGACUCCCUGCAGACAUACGCGUUUGAGGGGAAUGGCUCGGUGGCAGAGUCGCUCAGUUCUUUAGAUUCGAUCAGCUCAAACUCUGAUCAGAACUACGAUUACCUCAGUGACUGGGGCCCUCGCUUUAAAAGGCUUGCGGAUAUGUAUGGGACUGGACCAGACUGCUUAUACUCAUAGCCUUGGAACCUCUCUCUGAAAAUGCACUGAAGAAUACUAAAACAGAAAACUCAACCUUACGGACUGAAGAAAGUUGUAAAUAUUUCUCCAUUUUUAACCUUUUAGGUUUUUUUGCCUUGGUGGUACAUAUCUUCAUUAGACUUGUCCUAGGGACUGCACUGACCACACAGAAUAUGAGCAUUUGGUGGCAUUUUUGAUAAAAUGAAAUGCUCAGCCGCGUUCAAAUAGAUAGCAACCCUCAGAUACCUGCAGAGGUAACUCACUUUCAAAAGUAUGUUAUGCACUGUGACCUCAAUGAGCCAAUGGUACCCUGUAGAUGCCUUCGCAGUAUUGCUAUAUCUAGAACACAUAGUCUCUGGUAUGAGAUAAGUGUAAGAAGAAACAAAUUUACAAAUAUAACAUUCAAUACAACAUUACAAUAUAUAGCAUUUACAGAUGCAAGUUUUUUUUAACAAAUUUUCUUUACAGUGUUGCAUGCAGCUUGCUAGGCCAAAAGCAGAAGGACAGACACGAAAACAAACAAAAGCCCAGCAGGUCAUUUUUUUGCUUCUCCCUGUUUGUUCUCAGAGCUAUUUAAUUAGAACUCUCUGUAAUUUUCUGGGUAGUUUUAUGAAAAAUUACCUUUUGUACUAAGAAAUUCCACAAUGUUUGUCAUCAACUUACCAAAGUAGUUUACAAACCCCAUAAAAUGAGAAAUAUGGAGGGGAAUUCUUCUGGUUGAAAAGUUUUGUGAUGCUCUUGUAGGUAUAGAAAAGGUGUUGCUAUCUAUUUGCUAUUUUUUAUUGUCUCUUCUGAUUUGUACAGGAGAAUUUAUCCUUUUUUAUUAUUAUUUGACAUAAAGUGUUAUAUUUAUUUUGGAGCUCCAAUCUCCACUAAAUUCAGGUCCAUUUUACUGCCUCAUGGUAUUAGACUUGUCAGAACAUGCUGAUUUUUCUCCAGUCUCAGAUAAAUGUAGGAAAUGAAGCAUGGAAAUGGAGAAAUUACAGUAAAGCAAUCUCGCCUGCCAUUCAUCUCUCAGAAGGGAGAGCAGCUCCAAGGACAUGCAGUUGUUCUUCUGAGCCAUUACAAAGUCUGAGACAUUUAAAUAAAAUAUUUGUACAUUGAAUUUUUGGAAAGAAGACUACAGAGGUAGCUGGGAGUGUCUUUAAUGCAAGAUUUAAUUUUCAAGGUUAAACACGCUAUAUGCUUCAAAGACUGUAAACACCUUGCUUUUCUCCUUCCCCUUCUCUUUUGCUGCUGAUGAAUCACAGUAAAAGACUCUUCAAUUUCUUUCUUAUGUUAAGCAAUGUAAUGCUAUUAACUCCAGAAAUCAUCUUUAGGUCCUGCUGCACAGAAGUAUUUUUCCCCAAAGGUGUUAACUCACUACACAUAAUUUCUACGCUGGUUCAGGAGUGCCAAAACAGAAGGACAACUGCUGUUGGUUAAAAUACUGUAUGAUUUUGGAGUAGGAUUUCUUAGAAUAAGACAACUUUUUUAUGAUUCUGACAAUAUUUAUACUUCAUCUUUCAUGAUUUAUUACUAGAUAAUAAGGCAUUUAUUCAAGUAAAAUAGUGGUUUUAAGUAUUAUUUCAGAUUCUUUUGUUUUAGAUAAUCUGUAGGUGAGUUCCUAAGUUAGACUCUGCUCCUGCAAACUUUUUUGCUUGAACCUAACUUGAAAUGACUUAACUCUAGCUUGAAAUGACUUGAUUUGCCUGCAGUUACUGAGAGGCAUACAGAAUUGUUUGCAGGACUCUGUUUGUGGAUAGAAGGUACUCCAUAGAGGAUGAUGCUCACUCUAAAAGUACUUCUUUCUGAAAGAAGGAUCCUUGUACUAAAAUCCUAAUGUAUGGGUGACACCAGGCUGGGAGACAGGAAUUUAUCUUUAAGGCUUUGUAAUUUUUGCAGCCCAGCAUUAUUAAUUAACUAUGUGAAAGUGGCCUUCAGCUCCAUCAGAGAAAACAAAAUAAUAUUAAUCAUCUGCAACAUAUUUAAUUUGAGUUACAUUUUGGUAGACAAUCAUUAUUUCAUAAUUCAGUAGAUUUGCUUCUAGCUGUAUUAAAUAUAUAUAUAUAGGUAUAUAUAUAUAUAUAUGACAGAUUUUGUAAUGGAACUGAAAGAUGUCACCCAUGACUUUUAGUCAUACAUGUAAGAUUUUCAAUAAAAAAUUAAAAAAAAAAACAACCCCAAAAUGAGCUACGUGUAUGCAGUUUAAUGAGAGCAAGAUAUGCUGCAGGAGUUAAGCAGGUAUUAAAUCAACAAGGUGCUGAGAGAACAGUUUUUUAUUAAUCUCCUUGUUGUUUGUGGGAAGAUAAUUCAUGCAUCUGGAUUAAGAUGUCAAAAAUGCUGAUUUUAGCACAUAACACUCAAAAGAGAUUUAAAUGUGGUUUAGAGUAAACAGCACAAUUCCCUUGCUCUUCCACCUUCUAUAUCUGUAAAAAACCAAAAAGCUCCCCUGCCAUGAAAGUAUGUUAGGGUGCGUUGGGGGUUUUUUUGGUGUGUUUUCUAUGGAAAGAAAUAUGCUUUACUCCAAUGCCAUAAAAACUCUUGCAUAUAUGUAUUUUCUGUUGCACACUUCUAAAAUAAUCAAGCAAAUUUGUUGUUACAUUAUAUAUGCUUACCAACUGAUUAUAUUAUUGCAGUAAGAAAGGUGGAAAUCCCUUAUGUUUGAUGACAGAUGUUUACUAUAAUAUAUACACACAGUACGUAUAACACACAUACUAUAUAACGUUCGCCAUAAGUUACCAUGAAUGUAGGUUUUAUUUAUAUUACAUAGCCUGAUGUCAUAAAGUAGAUUCUACUGACUAAAUAGUGUAAAAUAUAAGAAAUAUUUUCUCUGUCCUGGAAAGGUUAUGAAAUUAUUUGAGCAAAUUAAUUAGAAAGGCCUUUUAAAAAGACUUCCCAUUUUAUUUAUUUAACUUUCUGAAGAGCUCCAGUAUCUAACUAGAGGCCACAAGUCCUCCUUCAAAAGUAUGUCAAACAUUGCAACCACUCCCAUCUUACAGUGAAAUGCCAAGAUCUCUUUCCUUUUACCAUAUGACGAUUGAAUAGGCUUAUUUUAAAUUGAGAUGUUCAAGCACCUUGAAAAGCAUAUGGGUUUAAGAGUGCUACUAAAAGAAAAUCCAUGUAAAGUUAAACCAUUUGAAGAAGAUUUAGGGCAAGACUCCUUACUCUGCUUUGACCAGUGGAAAAUCUACUGAAUUCAAGAGUUAAACAGUGGACAUUGUGACUUACAUUUUUAAUUCAAAAGAAUAAACUUAGUGUACUUACUCUACUAAGUUAUAUCCUCACUAAGACAUAGCACAGGCCUUCCUAAGCCUACUAAUUCUGGUGGCUGGGUUAAUACAAUCACUGCAGGACUCAUGAAAUCUGAUGAUACUGACUGAAACCUCUCCUCCUCCCUAAGAAUUAAGGGAAAAAAAAAUUGCUUCGUUUUUACUUGUUGUUUUCUUUGUUGUUUUGAAAGGGGUGAGCGGGAUUCAUAGGAAUUUCCCUUUAAAGUUAAGGUCUUUUCUCAAUUACUUUAUCCAAUUUACACUUCAGGUGCUGGCACUUAUCAAUAACAAAAUAUUUCCUGUCCUUUUUUCUUUUUAGAGAUUUUGGAUAAAAGCAUAUUAUGAAAUAUAAAAUGUCAGCAUCUUAUUUUUAUGGACAAGUACUCUUGUAUGAUAGAAAGAACAGUAAUAGUUUGUCGUUCUGAAAAAGAAAUAAAUAUACUAUAAAGUGUACAAUUACAUUGACUUUUAAGAUCAUUAAAGAGUUGAAAGGUGAACACAAUUACCUAUAUCAAAUCUAGUAUUAAAUUCUUGGUUGCAGCCUGUCAUGUGGCUGAUUUUAUUUUUCUAUGUGUAGAAUUUUUCUCUACUUGAGAAACUAUGUAGAGUAAUAGUGGUUUGAGACAACAUUGUAUUCACCUCAUUAGUAAUAGUUAGAUGGGGUCAAGUAUAUUUUUAUUGGUCUGUGACUCUAAAAGCAAAUUGCUAAAGAUAGAAAUGUCAUUCUAUUUAUUUGACAGAAACAGGAAGGUCUACAAGGUAACCAGAAGUCUACAAGUUGCAGUCUUAAAUAUGGCAUCACCAAGUUUCCCAGAUAUAUAUCUAAGUUUCCCAAAUAUAUCCUAAGGUAUAUUUACACCCCAGCACCAAUUCUUCCACACCAAGAAUUCUUCCUCUGCUCAGGAUCAAUGCAGCUAAAAAUGUAUUGUAUUGUUUACUGAAAAGUUUUUUAUGGAUAUCUACCUGUGAUUUUGUUCUUUGAACUAGGAGAAUCACAGCAUACAAGAGAAAUAAUCUAUUUCCUAUGUGAAGGGAAUGAAAAACAUAUCCACAAAUGAAUGCUAUACUUUGCUUUGUGACUAUAAUUUAUCAUUUCUCAGAAAAGAGAAAAUAAAUCUUUCAAUGUGGUACCUAAA